AUGAUGUUCAGGCCGGAGGAGUACGGCCUUGAGGCUGAUUUCAGCCUUACAAAGUACUCCACUUUGCGGGGAUGAGGUUGUAAAGUCCCACAGGAAGUUUUAACAAAACUUCUUGUGGGAGUUGAUUUGGUAGCCGGUCACAAAUCUAACCGAGAAGGGAGGAUUGAGGCCGGCAUGGAUUCAGCUGUCAUUCCACUGGGGCGUCACAAUUUAUCUCUUGUUCAGUCUGUUGAUUUCUUCUAUCCGCUCAUUGAUGAUCCAGUGAUGAUGGGCAGGAUUGCCUUCGCUAACAUGGCUAGUGAUAUCUAUGCCACGGGUGUGGUGACUCUGGACAAGGUUACAAUGAUCUGUAGCUGCCCAGAGGCAUUUAGCGACAAAGAGAGGGAUGUCAUCAUCCCACUGCUGAUUCAGGGAUUCAAGGAAGCAGCUCAGGAAGCUGGAUGCAAAGCUUCCAUUGGUGGUAUUGCUGUUAAUCCCUGGUGCAUCCUUGGAGGAGUUGCCACGUCUAUCUGCCACCCUGAAGAGAUUAUUUUGCCCAUCAAUGCCUCCCCUGGAGAUGUUUUAGUUCUGACAAAACCUCUCGGCACACAACUUGCCACAAAUGCCUAUCACUGGAUGCUGGAUGGCGCAGAAUCCUGGAAAAAGCUCAAAGAUCAUCUAACUGAAGAAGACAUCAAACACACCUACCUCAAAGCCAUCAAUUCCAUGGCAUUCCUGAACAAAUCCGCUGCGGAAUUAAUGCACAAACAUUCAGCUCAUGUUGCCACAGACAUCACGGGGUUCGGUCUUGCGGGGCAUGCAAGGAAUCUUCUGCAAUUCCAGAAGAAUCCUCUGAAAUUUAUCAUCCACACUCUGCCGAUAAUUGAGAAUGUUCGUCGUAUGGCUGAGAUUCUCGGGCGGGAGGAUAAACUCUUAGCUGGGCAAGCUGUGGAGACAUCCGGGGGGCUCCUAAUCUCCCUCCCGGAAGCAUCAGCGGAGGCCUUUUGUCAGGAAUUCACAGAGAAAACAGGUAAAGACGCGUGGAUUGUGGGUUCUGUGAAAGCUUCAGCAAAUCCCUGCCUUGAAAUUCUAAAGGAUGCCAAAUUCAUUGAUGUUUCGUGAGCCGAAAGAAUUGCAUUUUGGGGAGUUUCUGGUAGCUUCCUGGAAUUUGUGACGUGGAUUUUUAAAGGCCCAAAAGCUCGUAAAUCUACUGAAGGUACCUCCGGAAGCUACUGAAAGCUCUAAUAAAUUCUAAAAUUAAUAAUUUUGUACUUAUUCAUUAAAAAUUCAAAAUAUACUUACCUGAAAAUCA